UGCAAAAAACAUUAAAAUUGUCUUGGGUUAGGUUGGGACUGGGUUAUAUUAGGUUAGGUUAGGUUCGGUUGUUUAGCAUUGUGAACUGUACAGCGUUCUAAAAUUUCAAUGAAAUCAAAGGUAAGUGCACUGAUAGAGACCGUUACCAUUUUCUUUUUAUUUUUCAAUCGUCUUUAUCAUCUUACUGUUGGUAAAUAGAAAGGUGCAGCUUAUCAGUGACGAUAUGAUGGCUAAUGGAAAGCAAUCUCAAUCGGGUUUAGAUAAAGGAGUUAUCAGAUGUUUUUUAUAGAUUGCCACAGAUUUCUGUCUAAUAGUAACAAAAAAUUGACAUGGGUAGUUCAGUUGGUGAUGUUUUACAACAAUAUAAUCUUUUCGUAAACUUUAGAUUUAAUAGUCAUUAAUAGUACACAUUCACAAGCAUUCUUUUUAACAAUUUGUACAAUUCUAACUGUAAUACUCCGAUAAAAUGAAGAAUAUAGUUGUGACGCUGAUUAUAGGAAUUUUUACUAUUGCAAAUACAAGUGGUGCUACUAAAGGGGAUACACGAAUUGUUAAUGGAACAGUCGUAGCCAAUCGCGCACAAUUCCCUUAUCAGGUUUCGCUGAGAGUCAAAUCAGCAAAUUUUCAUUUUUGUGGCGGAACAAUUAUAGCUCAAGGGGUAAUUCUGACCGCAGCCCAUUGUUUUAAAGAACAUCCUGUCAGUUCUGUGGUGGCAGUUGUAGGUGAUUUGGACAUAUCCCAGACCUCUCGACAAACCGUUCGAAUGGAACUUGCGCAGGUCAAAAUACACCCAAAGCACAACUCGACAUCGUUCGAAAAUGAUGUUGCUGUUGCCUUGACUAAGAAAAACUUUACUUGGUCUUCUACUGUUAAUUUUCUACCUCUUGCAAGCAUUACUCCAAUGGUUGGCACGGAAUGUUAUAUAUCAGGCUGGGGUUCUAUUUAUUUCAGAGGACCUGCUUCCUCAAAACUAUUGUAUGCAAUGGUCCCCAUUGUUGACAGAGGUACAUGUACAUUUGCUUAUGGAGGUAGACUGACCGAAGACAUGCUAUGCGCUGGUUACAUAGAAGGAACCGCUGAUGCAUGUAAUGGUGAUUCUGGAGGUCCAUUAGCAUGUGACGGUGCUGUUGCGGGUAUUGUUUCUUGGGGAUAUGGUUGCGCGUUUGCACUAUUUCCAGGAGUCUAUACAGAUGUUGCCUAUUUUAAAAAUUGGAUAGAGGCCCAAAUAGAGAACUAUGUACCCAAUAGCGGCCACUCUACUACACAUUAUUUACAAAUAAACAUGGUGUUAUUUUUAAUUCUUUGUGUGAUGUUGACAAAAUAAAUGAUUUGAUAAAAUAUUUUAAGUAAA